UCCAGAAGGGACUGAGGAUUCAGAGCGAGCGAGUCAGCAACCAGAGAGAAGGCUGUUUCUCUGGAAGAAGAAAAAAAAAAGGAUACGGCAGCUGGGAGGGUUUGCAAAAGAGUAACAAGUGGUUAAUCAGAUUUAGGAGCUACAUUUUUUUUUUUUUUUCCUUUUUGAAGUUUACAAAAGGAGGCACAAUGAAGCUGAAGCUGAAGCUGCCAAAUCCGGGACUGGAUGACAGGAUCCCGUCCCACGGGGACCUGGAGAAGAUGGAGAAGGACGAGGCUGGGGACAGACCCCAGUGGGACAACAAAGCCCAGUACCUGCUCACCUGCGUGGGCUUCUGUGUGGGGCUCGGCAACGUCUGGAGAUUCCCGUACCUGUGUCAAAGUCACGGCGGAGGAGCGUUUAUGAUCCCGUUCCUGAUCCUGCUGGUUCUGGAGGGAAUCCCGCUGCUGCACUUAGAGUUCGCCAUCGGUCAGCGUCUGAGGAAAGGCAGCGUGGGCGUAUGGAGAUCCAUCAAUCCUUAUCUGGCAGGAGUUGGCAUUGCCUCCAUGCUGGUGUCCUUCCUGGUGGGUGUCUACUACAACACCAUCAUGGCCUGGAUCAUGUGGUACCUCUUCAACUCCUUCCAAGACCCGCUGCCCUGGAGCCAGUGUCCGCUCAAUGCUAACAGGACAGGGUAUGUGGAGGAGUGCGCGCGGAGCACCACCGUGGACUACUUCUGGUACAGAGAAACGCUGAACACUUCGACAGCCAUCGAUGAGUCUGGGGGGCUGCAGUGGUGGAUGGUUCUCGCCCUCAUCGCCGCCUGGACUGUGCUUUACGUCUGCUGCAUCCGGGGCAUCGAGACGACCGGCAAGGCUGUGUACAUCACCUCCACGUUGCCGUAUCUCGUCCUCACCAUCUUCCUCAUCCGGGGAUUGACUCUAAAAGGCUCCACAGAAGGAAUAAAGUUCCUCUUCACACCAGAUGUAAAUGAACUAAUGAAUCCUUCAACCUGGCUGGAUGCAGGAGCCCAAGUGUUUUACUCCUUUUCGCUGGCUUUUGGAGGUCUCAUCUCCUUCUCCAGCUACAACUCUGUGCACAAUAACUGCGAGCAGGACGCCGUCCUCAUCUCCAUCAUCAACGGCUGCACCUCGGUGUACUCAGCAACCGUCAUUUACUCCAUCAUCGGCUUCAGGGCAACACAGAAAUACGACGAGUGCUUCGGAGACAAUGUCUUGAAGCUCAUGAACGCUUUCAACUACCCUGAGGACAACAUCACACAGAGCAACUACAACGAAAUUCUGACUCACCUCAACCACACAAGUCCGGAUAUCAUCCAGGGAUUGUCCUUACAGAACUGCGACAUGCAGACUUUCCUUAGCCAGGGUGUGGAAGGAACAGGACUGGCCUUCAUUGUCUUCACAGAAGCCAUCAUAGAGAUGCCGUUUUCGCCUCUGUGGUCUGUUCUCUUCUUUAUCAUGCUCUUCUGCCUUGGUCUCUCGACUAUGUUCGGCAGCAUUGAGGGUGUUAUAGCUCCUCUGCUGGAUCUCAAAAUACUACCCAGGCACUGGCCCAAAGAAGUUAUCAGUGGUGUGACGUGCUUCGUAUCUCUGGCUCUCGGACUCAUUUUCGCUCUUCGCUCUGGGAACUACUGGCUGGCUCUUUUUGACAAUUUUGCAGGCUCUAUUCCGCUCCUGGUCAUCGGAUUUUUUGAAAUGAUUUCUGUUGUCUACAUCUAUGGCAUGGACAGGUUUAAUAAGGACCUCGAGUUUAUGAUCGGCCACAAACCCAACAUCUUCUGGCAGGCAACGUGGAGAGUGAUUAGCCCCCUCAUCAUGAUUGUCAUUCUGAUUUUCUACUUUGUCACCCAAGUCACGAAGGAACUCACCUACCUGGUCUGGGACCAGGAGGCGGAGAACUUUCCCACCCUUGCUGAGCGUUACUACCCAUCAUGGGUCUAUGUCAUGAUCUUCAUCCUGGCUGGAAUUCCCAGUUUAGCCAUACCCUUCUUUGCCCUUUACAAGCUCAUCCAGAGGAAAUUCUGCAAAAAGGACUACAGCGACAGUACGGUGGACACAAUAUCUGCCAAAAUACAAAUGAAUGACAAAAUGAAGUUUUAGAUGACUAUUUAAUAUCAACGAACUUGUAAAUUAUGUUUAUUGGACUUUGCUGGGGUGUUGUAAUGAUACAAUACGCCGAUGACUCACUGUUUUCUUUGAAAGGCAAAGAUAGAGACUACUCAAUACUCCACAAGAACAGAGUUUUGUUCUCUCUGCUACUGCUGCAAGAACGACGACUUAAGUUCUCCCAGGCCAGGCCAAUUUGAACUCAGCAACCCUUGUGCACAACUUCUAGAAAGCCAUCGUAGUUUUCCCAACAAUGUCUGUCAAGAAAUAUCCUAAACCAGAGCUGUAAAAGCAGAAUCACGUCACUUUGUUCUUGCAUCCUAGGGAGAGCGAACAAAUAGGAUCUGUCCUUACAAAGUAUGUAUGGGCCUUACGUUUUAGUGUUUUUACUAAAGAAAACAUCCAAUUAUGCCAUGCAACAACAGCAGUAAAGAUAUUAUUAACUAGAUUAAGGUAUAAAGGAAUUGUGAACACUUGUGUUGUAUGAAAACUUGUCGCACUGUGUGUACAACAUUGGCAAAACAAACAGAAUGAGCGACACGGGCUUGUACAUAAACAUGCACUUAAAGACAAACUAGUUAUAUCUCUGCAUGCUAGUACAGAAUAAACAGUGAAAUGUGACACUGAGCUCUGUAGAACCUUUAUUUUAGAAAUAGUUUGGGAUAAAUAAGAAUUUGUUUGAUGGGAAAGUCACAUAGCAACACAAACCAACUGUUUGAGUUGAUGAAAUAUCAGAAACACUGUUGUAAACACUAAAUUUAUUGAUCUUGUUUGUGGUUUCUGCUUGAUUUGAGCGCUACUGCUGACGUUUGGAGCAUGAAUUGGGGUUUCUGUUCGACAUGUUGUGGAGGAACCAAGCCUGAGCGGGUUUCUUCUCCGUACUGCCCAUGCAUUUUGGCUUUGCAGUGGGGCAAUCAAUCCAUAGUACAUCUUUCACAUUGCCUGCUGGAUAUAUGGGUUACCCCAAUAGGACCAUGAAAGGGUUCAGUCAUGAGCAGAACAAUAUGAAGUGAUAUGUGAUUCGUUUGGUAAAAAUUAAAGACUCUUUGAAUGUUUGGUCAAAAAUCAUUUACAAUAUUUUUGAGUCACAUCAGUUUACGGUAGGUUACCCGCUCCGUUCACAAAUCAUUUCCCAAGAAGUAGUUUGUAAUUUGAUCCUUUAAACACACCAAGUAUUGCUCUAGUGCAGAAAAUUCUCCUUUAACUGUAUCUGUUGAAAUGAUUUACUUUAAGAAACACCAGUGUCUAUUUUUGACUUUGAACUACUUUGACAAAUCUUUGCAGUUUUGUUUUGCUUACCAUUAAAAGCAGCAUUAAAUGUUGGAUUUUUUUCAGGCAUUUUUCACUUUCUGCGUAUUAUAUUCUAAACUAAACAAAAAAAAAUAUUGGAACUCAUCUUGUUAAAUCAAACCUGGCAUCAUGUUUGUUUGCACAGCCAAGGGUGUGCUAAACCCUAAAUGCUUCAAGCGCUACUAAAAUUAUAUACAACAUAGCUUAGCUAAACCUGACAGUUAAGCUGGGUUUAUUGAACAUCUUUUAAGUUCAGGAAUUUAAAUGGCAGAAUUUUAAAACAGUUUUUGGAGUGAAUAUUUUAAGCCAAUAAAAAUCAGUUUGUUUUUAAGCCAGUUCAGCUGCUUGCAGCUCAGAAACAUUAAGCCUGCCUGCGGUUCAUGUGAGCUUCAAUGCAAAAAAAAUGCAACAGAGACAUAAAAUAAUGUUAUUUCUAUCCCUUGUUAUUCUUUCGAUAUCGUGUUUAUUUUUUUUUUUUCAGAUAUGUUCAAAAUUUUGGUUUAAAUAUUAUACAUAAGCUUUUCAGAUCGAUAGUUUCUGUUCACACGUCUGAACACUACAUAAUGUUUUGCAUUUCUGUGAUUGGAAGGAAUGUAAUAUUACUUUGACGAAGGGGUUUACUUUGUUUUAGGUACUGCUUUACAAAAAUCAGUCCCUGUGUUCAGACAUUUCAGGUCGUAUGUAUAUUGGCUUAUGUAUAUCUACAUUUACAAUAGAUAUUACAUGCAUUUGCUCUGCUGUAAAUCAAAAAUAAAAACACAUAAAAAACAAACAGUGGUUGUGCUUCUUAAGCAUAUGUGGCCAGUUGUAGAAACUGACUGGAAUAAACAUACAUUCAUUACGCCUAAAAGGAAAACAUUUCGGGAUGAUGAUGAUGAUGAUGAUGAUGAUGAUGAUGAUGAUGAUGGGCCGUGGAAUUAAUAAUUAACACGUUCUGAGAUGUUUAAGUAAUAAUUGGUCAUUUCAAUAGAAAAAUGUAAUGAGGAAAAACCAAAAAAUGGUUAGAAACCAGCUAUUGAUACGAUUUAGAAAUAUUUUUUAAAUUUCUAGGCAUAUCUUUAAUAAACACCAUCAGGGAAAGUUGUUGCCAAACUUUGGAAAUGUCCCACAUGUGAUUGCAAGAAUGUCAGGGUUGUGUAGUUUAAGUUUGCUGUUAGCAAUAACUUCAGAUCAACUUAUUGCAUUACAACCUUUUUAAGGGGUCCAAGCUUCAUGUUAAAUUAUUCUGUAUAUGU